AAAAAAGUCUCAGUUGCUUCGGAAACGAAAGAGAAGUCAGUUCACUUUUGUGGAGGAGAUAAAUCCACUGAGAAUUCAUCAUUUAGCAAUUUCCAAUCCUUUGUUGAAGGAUUAUUCUGUGAAGUUUCUGUGAUAAUCUCAAAAGUUAUUUCAUUGAGUUAUCUUCUUAUUAAAUAAUUUUCUUUAAAAAAAAUUGUCCAUGAAAUUAUUUAAUAAGAUAAAAAAAACUUCCGUGGAAGCCCAAGUGAAAGAGAAAGUAAACACAAAAUAAAAAAAUCUUUAGUGAAAUAGACAAUUCGAAAAAUAUUACAAAAUAGACAAAUUAAAGUGCUGUGGGUAAAAAUCAUCAUCACACUUUCACAACAAACCCAAUGUGGCGCUGAGCCAAAUUAAAUAACAAGACUCGCGAGGUUUUUUUUAUGUGAGAGCGCAACCUAAUUUCAGAAAUAGAGGACUGCCCUACCGCAUUUUGUGGAUAAAUUGCAUUUUUUCUGGGGGGAAGUGACUAAAAUUAGCAGAAAUGCCAUCUGAUUCCGUAUCCAGGAUGCAUUCCUCGGGAUCUGAUGGGAAUAGCAGCGACAAUUUCAGCUCAUCUCCUGGAGCAUCUUCAACCAUGUCCAGAGAGAGAACAGAUAGUGAAAGUUCCGACAAACAAGCGCGCUUUGUGCUUCCGGGAAUGGCAGGAAGUCCCCCAAAGGUGCUCACAAUGAACGAAGUUGUGGAUUGCAUGAAGAACAUUCAAAAUAUGACACUGGCUCAUGAGAUUGCCAUUAAUCCGGAAUUUAAAUUGGAACCAUUUGAGCCACCAGAAAAUAGUCUGGAGCGUCGUGUGAAGGAUAUGGUUCAUCGUGCAUUCUGGGAUGUUCUACGUGAGGAGCUAUCCAGCGAUCCACCGUGCUACGAUCGCGCCAUUCACCUCCUAACGGACAUUAAGGAUUACUUUGAGCACAUCUUCCUGCAGAAUAAUGUGCGCAUCCUACAGCGUAUCAGUGAGGUGCUGGACGCCAAUCUCAUACGACAGCAAGCAGAACAGGGUAUCCUGGAUUUCCGAUCAUAUGCAAACUUCCUCAUUGACAUUAUGGCAAAAUCCUGUGCUCCCGUGCGAGAUGAACAAGUUGCCAAACUCAAGGACAUCGAGGACGUUGUAGACCUCUUCCGUGGCAUCAUGGAAACCCUCACAGUAAUGCGUCUCGAUGUAGCCAAUUGCCUCCUGCAGGCAGCACGUGGGGAUGUCAUUGCAAAUUCCGUGGAGUAUGAGAAGCAGAAAUUUAAGGAAUACCUCAAAGUCUACACUGCUGGAUUCCCUGCCACUGAAGGAUGGCUCAAGAGGAAUAUCACCACAACAUCCUCUGCACCCGCGGGUGAAGCAACUACAGGCACCCCGACAAAGCACACAAUUGUCAAUGCCUAUCUCGAAUUACUUGACUGGCAGGUGGACAAUGAAUUCCCUGAAUUACUCUUAAUGGACAAAGAACGCAUUGAGACACUGCAGAAGCGCAUAAAUCGACUGUGUGCGUGUACAACGGUCAUGGCUCUCGCUUCAGGUGUACCCUCAUUUGCACAGAAUCCCAACAUGAAGGGUGCCUUUGCACGUGAAGUGGAGAUUCUCCUGCAAGAUGUCCACGAUGAGGGACACCUUGUGGAUUCCAUGGAGAAUAUUUGGCUCCAUAUGAAGGGUGUAAUUGAGAAGCAUCAGAGAGCACCACUUGAAUCCGCCACUGAAGACACACUCAAGACGCAAAUUCUCCAGGCAGCCCGGAAGGAUUCUCCAGUACGUGGGCUAAUCUGGAAGCGCUUCACCACCUACUUGAGGAUGUGUCUCUACAGCAAAUCUCUUCCACCUACCCCACCGGGCUUUAUGGAGUUCGCCAAUGAACUUGAGGCCGUGAGUAAUUCAUUCAAAUCACUCACAUCAUACAACUAUUCUGUCUAUGGGGAGGUUUAUCAGGAGAUGCUAACAAAAAUUGACACAACUUCUUCUUAAACAGUAGAUUGCAAUUUUGCAGUGUUCUUGCAGUGAUAAGAUAACGUAAAAUAUAGAUGAGAAAAAAACGUGUAUUCAUGUGUUUUUCGUGUGAAUUUAAAAGAAAAAACAGAAAAUGUAUUAAAUACCAAGUGAAUAAAGUUUUAUGGAAAAUAUUCUUCUACACAA